GAGUUUGGGUUUGAUUCUGACAAAUUGAAAUGAAACUCAAAUUUGAUACGAUGUUGAAGCAAUAGGCAAUGGCUGCUUCUGCUUUUGGUUUUGGUGGUAUUAGAUUCUCCAAGACUAUACCUUUGUCCAAAUACAUUCCUCCUCUUCAGCCUCAUCACAACAACACCUUUUUCUCUUUCUUUCCUUCUUCUUCUUCUUCUUCUUCUUCUUCUUCUUCUUCUUCUAUAAAUUUCUCUACGAAACCACUUCCAAUGUCUCAUCAUAAGCAUCUCACCAUUAAUGGUGAUGAACAAAACAUCAUUAAACCUUCUCCUCUAUUCGUUGAUGAUUAUCACAAUAUUGAUCAACAACUUCUCGAUAACAUCGCUUAUGAUGCUCUUGUUUGGGCCUCUCUUCACGGUCUUCUCAUGGGAGAUAAAUCUUACCAGAAAUCAGGAAUGGUUCCUGGUGUUGGAUUGAUGCAUGCCCCGUUUUCAUUAUUCCCAACGUCGUUUCCAGAAAGUAAAUGGAAGCAAGCUUGUGAUUUGGCACCUAUAUUCAAUGAACUUGUUGACCGUGUUAGUUUAGAUGGUAAAUUUCUUCAAGAAUCUCUCUCAAGAACUAAGCAAGUGGACGAAUUUACCUCUAGACUUUUAGAUAUUCAUUCCAAGAUGCUACAGCUCAACAAAAAAGAGGAAAUAAGAUUUGGAUUACAUCGUUCAGACUAUAUGCUUGAUGAACAAACCAAAUCACUUUUGCAAAUAGAGCUCAACACUAUUUCAUCUUCAUUUGCUGGUUUUAGUACUCUUGUCACUCAACUUCAUAGGUACAUACUUACUUGCCAUGGAAAAUUGCUUGGUCUGGAUUCAGAAAAGGUUCCUGCCAAUAAUGCUGUCAGCCAGAAUGCCGAGGCCUUGGCUAAAGCUUGGAGUGAGUAUAAUAACCCAAGGGCUGUGAUUAUGACUGUGGUUCAGGCUGAAGAGCGAAACAUGUAUGACCAGCAUUUUCUUUCUGCUGUUCUAAGAGACAAGCAUGGUAUUACAAUUGUUCGUAAAACGAUGGCAGAAGUUGACCAAGAAGGAGAAAUUCUACCAGAUGGAACACUUUCUGUUAAUGGACAAGCAGUUGCAGUAAUUUACUUCAGGGCUGGCUAUACACCAGUUGAUUAUCCUUCAGAAUCAGAAUGGAGAGCUAGACUAUUGAUGGAACAAUCUUCUGCUGUCAAAUGCCCUUCAAUAUCGUAUCAUUUGGUUGGCACCAAGAAGAUUCAACAGGAACUUGCAAAGCCAGGUGUUCUUGAGAGGUUCCUUGAAAACAAAGACGAUAUCGCAAAAAUGCGUGAAUGCUUUGCAGGACUAUGGAGUUUGGAUGACUCAGAUAUUGUUAAAAAAGCAAUUGAACGACCCGAAUUAUUUGUGAUGAAGCCCCAGAGAGAAGGAGGAGGAAACAAUAUUUAUGGUGAUGCAGUGCGAGACACCCUCAUAAAAUUGCAGAAAACGGGUUCUCAAGAAGAUGCAGCUUACAUACUUAUGCAGAGGAUAUUUCCAAAUAUUUCUGCUGCAGUUUUGAUGCGUAAUGGUGGUUGCCACAAGGACCACGCCAUCUCAGAACUUGGGAUAUUUGGUACUUAUUUAAGGAAUAAGGAUAGGGUUGUUAUGAAUAAUCAAAGUGGCUAUUUGAUGCGUACGAAAAUAUCAUCAUCUGAUGAAGGUGGGGUUGCAGCUGGUUUUGCAGUAAUAGAUAGUGUAUACCUCACUUGACGUAGAGCACCUCUAACUUAUCUGGGUAUAUUAUCAACACAUUGUGUUUACACAUUACCAUUUGAGCCUCCUGUUUAUAUUUGUCUGCCUCCGCAAAAAAUUGAAAGGGAGGCCACAUUGCUUAUUUUACGUUAUCCCAUAGUGUGUUGUAUAGUUGCACAAAAAUAACCUGUUAAAGCUUUUUGCUCAAAAAAACUUGUUAAUGCUUCCGAAACAGUACUAAAGAAGCCCAUAAAGAUUGAUGAUCUGGGUAAACCUGUUCAUUCUUAUUGAAGUGCAGUUUCUAACCUGCUUUAUAGCAUUGAUUUGAGUUGACAAUUUUUA